AUGUAUUGUGUAGGGCUCUACCUUGUCCGUGUCAUUUCGUAUGAUGCUUUGCAAGAGGAUUAUUCGUUAGGGCUCUCGAAAAUGAUCGAGGAAGCACCCAUAUUUGAAUCCCAGAUCUGUGAUGAACAAAAGUGGCACAGCAAACCCCAGAAAGACAAGUCUCGCAAGUUAGACAGUGGCAUGCUCAUGUUACCUGGCAAAGGAGGAACUACAGGCUGUAUUCAACAAAAUUCUGACUGGUUGUACUGGCAAAACCACAAAUGGAUGAAGGAGCUUCUGAAUACUUGUACCAGCACACCCAGUAACCAAGGCAUACAAAAUCCCACCAUAUCUGUUGCCACUAACAAGCAUCAGUUGUAUCAUUGGGGCUUCCGUGGCUCGCCACAAAAGAAGGAUGUCUAUACAGAUGGCCAUGAGCGUGAAGAUAUGAUGCAAGAUUGGAUAGAAUGGGCUGCACUCAUGGUCAAGGCCCAUCCCUUAUGGUCAGUGGUCUCCUCUCUGUUUGCUAUGGUCGCUUUGGUGUUGCCUGAUGGUGUUCUUUUAGUCGUGCUCGCUGACGCCCAAGGUCUUUUGAUUCCCAUAGCCUUUGCCAGCUGCCGCACACCUAAUUUAAAAUCAAUCAAAACUCUACGCAAUAUUCUCAAGACCUGUGAUUCAUUGGCCUUGGAUAUUAACUUCAAGACGAUCACUACUGACGCAGUUGCAGACUUGCCGCUCCAGCUAGUUUUUCCGAACAAUCCGACCAGCCACCCAGUCACCAACUGCCGAUACAAUUGGACUGGUUUGCAGGUUAAACAUAGCUUCACAUUGGAUCCUCACACCGGCCUGCUACGCCGUACCAAACACUCGCCACGCGAGCAACAUCUCAACAGCGACGCACACAACGUUGCCUCUGGUGCGACCUACGACCCCAGGAAUCACGUCCACCCUACCCUACUGACAGGAAUUGCCAUCGACGAGUUGACCAACCAAUUGUAUCGCCAAACCAUCUCGCGCCUCUGCUAA